AUGAACGAGGCCCUGGCUUAUCCUUUCACCCUCAACAGCCCUCCGGUCCGCGGGCCGAUCGAGGGUCCAAAUGGCCGCCGUCUAAUCCGACGUGUCACAUGGCGCUCAUCGACAUACAAGCUCAUGGCUUCUCUAUGGGUGUUGGGCAUGCUUUGGAUCUUGUGGCUUAUCAGAGACCUAUUCUCUCUUCCUUUUCAGUCUCGCACGCCUGAAAAUGCAAAUGAAUGA